CCACCCCGGCCAAUCGCGUCACUCCAUGUAAGCCACGUGGGCGGUACCGGAAGAACAGUUGUUAUUAGCCGCUAAGUGAGACAGUAGCUUCCACAGCUCGUGAGCAAGGUUUUUAAAACACACACACACACACACGUAGACUUCAUUGAAACAUCUCCGUCCGCUGCUUCUGCUCGAAGCCUCAACUUCACCUUCGAAUCAUUUUCAUCUCCAGCUCGUGCCCCUUCAGCAGCUGUCGUCAUGGGCGAGGUGGAGCUGUCCUGUCGAGCCUACGUGAAGAUGUUCCUCCACGCGUCUCUGUUCCCGCGGUGCGGCAUCAACGGGCUGCUGCUGACGUCCAGCCCGGCAGGCGGCGCUGUGUGUGUGACGGACUGUGUGCCGCUGCUCCACUCCCACCUGCCCCUGGCCCCCAUCACCCAGCUGGCCCUCACACAGGUGGACGUGUGGUGUUCGCAGACGCAGCAGAGGAUUGUGGGAUACUAUCAAGCCAACGCCUGCGUAUCGGAUAGUAGCCCGACGCCGUGUGUACUGAAGAUCGCUGACAAGAUCGCUGAGCAGUUUGAUAAUGCAGUUCUGUUAAUGCUCGACGGUAGUAAGAUGUCUGCAGACUAUCGGGUUCCUCCCAUCGUGAUGUAUGAGCGCAAAGAUUCCAGAUGGAUGCUCAAAGACAAACACAC